AGCUGCUCUAUCCAAAGUAGCUCUUGAUGCGGUCCAGGAGCCAGGAGCCAGGAGCUGUCUUGACCCUUUCCCUCCCCACCCAAUCACAUCUCCCGGCCGGCAAACAUGGAUGAAGAAUCACCACCACAAACCACCAGCACACCACUUCUCAGCCAUGACCACCGCCGUACUCCCUGGUGGCAACAAAUCCCAACAAACGCCACAUCCUCUCUCCGGCUCCACAAAACCACAAUAUGGUCAGAACUAGGUGGGUCAGUAGGUGAUCUAGGAACAUACAUCCCAAUAGUAUUAGCCCUCACCCUUGUCUCCAAACUUGAUCUUGGCACUACCCUUAUUUUCACUGCCUUGUAUAAUAUUUCUACUGGCCUUUUAUUCGGUAUCCCUAUGCCUGUCCAGCCAAUGAAAUCCAUCGCUUCUGUCGCCAUUUCUGAACAACCUUUGCUUACUCUUUCUCAGAUUGCUGCUGCUGGGAUAUGUACAGCUUCUGUCCUUUUGUUCCUUGGUGCUACUGGUCUUAUGUCCUUUCUUUACCGGUUUAUCCCGUUGCCGGUUGUCCGGGGCGUUCAGCUCUCUCAAGGGCUGUCCUUUGCUUUCACCGCUAUUAAAUAUGUUCGAUAUAAUCAGGAUUUUGCGGCGAAUAAACAAGGUGAUGCAAGGUCAUGGAUCGGGUUAGACGGAUUAAUUGUAGCCCUGUCUGCGAUUGUUUUUCUUAUCAUCACCACCGGUUCAGGGGAAACUUACGAGAACGUCGACACUGUUGCCGGAAAACGUCGGGUUAGACAAAGACUUCGGUUACUUUCAUCUAUACCUUCUGCACUGAUUGUGUUUCUAGUUGGAAUAGCAUUGUGUUUCAUUAUAGACCCUUCUAUUUUCACAGACUUACGAUUAGGUCCCUCAAAGCUUCACGUUUUAAAUAUCACUUGGGACGACUUUAAAACCGGUUUUCUAAGAGGUGCAGUGCCUCAAAUCCCGCUCUCUGUAUUGAAUUCCGUAAUUGCAGUUUGUAAACUGUCUAAUGACCUGUUUCCGGAUCAUGAAGCAUCAGUUACCGCAGUGUCAGUUAGUGUGGGACUAAUGAAUCUAGUGGGUUGUUGGUUUGGGGCAAUGCCAGUAUGUCACGGUGCAGGCGGGUUAGCCGGUCAGUACCGAUUUGGGGGUCGUACUGGAGCUUCGGUGGUCCUUUUAGGAGUAGGGAAAUUGGUUUUGGGACUUUUGUUUGGAAACUCAUUUGUAAGAAUUUUGAACCAGUUUCCGGUUGGGAUAUUGGGCACGUUACUUUUGUUUGCUGGGAUAGAGUUGGCAAUGGCAUCAAAGGAUAUGAAUUCGAAAGAAGAGUCGUUUGUGAUGCUUGUGUGUGCAGCUGUAUCACUCACAGGGUCUAGUGCUGCACUCGGGUUUGUGUGUGGGAUCGUGUUGUUUUUAUUGUUGAAAUUGAGGGAGGUCGAUUUUGGUCCUGAAGAUGUUGAAUAGUGUCACCAUGUAUGGGGAAAAUCCAAGUUUGGAUUAGAUACAUAUGUAGAUUGUAUAGUUUAACAAGUUCCGGAAAUUACGUUCCUUGAAAUGGACAAACAUAUAUUGUGUUUGAAGUUAUAUAUUCUCAGGUGUUGUUACAACAAGUUAUAUUUAUGAGAUCA